AUGGCAUCAUCUAGUUAUAUUAUAAAAGACAUUGACAAAUUGACCGAUGAUCAAAUUUUGGAGGAAUUGUUUGGAGAUUCGGAGCAAACUGAGCUCACAUUCACAAUUCCUGCCGAUAGUGACUUGGACUCGUCUGACGAAGAUGAAAGUGCCCAGGGAGGUGAGAAUCAAAUUUUUUCAAAAAUGAAGUUGAGGAGUAAAAAUGUUGUUCAAGCUGAAGGUGAAGAAGAUGAAUCUCAUGAAAAUAUACAGGAAUUGAACCCAGAACCUCUAUCACAUCGAGCUGGUCCAUCACAUCAAGCUAAUCCAUCACAUCGAGCUGGUCCAUCAUGUCAACCGGAAAAUAUACAGGAAGUAGACCCUCAACCUGGCCCAUCACACCAAGGUGAUACAUUGCAUCAACAACCUCGACCUACAAGGAACACACAGAGGAGGACUACCAAUUGGGAGGGGAAAGAAUUUGUGCCACCAGACAUCCAAUUCACUGGAGAAACCCUUCUCCCUGAAGAAAUAAUGCAGUUAGAAACUCCAUACCAAUUUUUCAGCUAUUUCUUCAACGAGGAACUUCUAGUGAAAAUCUGUGAGCAAACUCUCUUAUAUAGUGUUCAAAAAGACCCUGCUCAUCCUUUUGAGAUUCAGCCAAACUUGCUGAAAAAGUAUAUUGGAAUUCUAAUUUUCAUGUCAAUUGUAAAAAUGAACAAUGUAAGGAACUAUUGGAGCAAAAACAUUGGCCAUCCAUUAGUCAUGAAUGUGAUGGGAGUGAAUAAAUUUGAAGAGAUAAAAAAAAAUCUACAUCUAAAUGACAAUUCUACUGCUCUACCUGUGACUGACCCCAACCACGACAGACUUCAUAAAAUACGACCUGUAAUAGAUCAUCUCAGAAAAAAGUUUGACAGUGUGCCCAAAGAGGAAAAUCUUUCGGUUGAUGAACAAAUAUGUGCAACUAAGGUGAGACAUUAUAUGAAACAAUACAACCCCAUGAAGCCGCACAAAUGGGGCUUCAAAGUUUUCGUGCUUAGUGGAAUUUCAGGUUUCGCUUAUAACUUCGAAUUCUAUUCUGGCCAAGAAAAUGUUGUGCUUCCUGGUGAGCCAGAUAUUGGUGCAUCUGCCAAUGUUGUUGUUCGACUGGCAAGAUCUGUACCAAGAAAUAAACAUUUCAAAAUUUAUUUUGAUAAUUGGUAUACAAACCUGCCUUUGCUUGUGUAUCUAGAACAAGAAGGAAUCCAUUCCAUUGGAACAAUUCGACGCAAUAGAUUCCCUGGUAUCUCAAUACCAGCAGAGAAAGAUUUGAAAAAAGAACCAAGAGGAACAAGCCAUGAGAGCGUAGGAAGUGUUGAUAAUAUAAAUGUUGUAGUCGUUUCUUGGAAUGACAACAAAAAUGUUCUCCUUGCUUCUACAUUUGUUGGAGAACAGCCUCUGGGGAAAUGUAAGAGGUAUGUAGCUGCUAAGAAAGAGAAAAUAGAAAUACCGAGACCUGCAAUAGUCCAGGAGUAUGUGAAGUUCAUGGGUGGCGUAGAUCUCUUAGACAGCUUGAUUGGAUAG